AUGUCGGCGCCCGACAGCCGACAUGGCCCGCCAUCAACACCGCUCCAUGAGCGAUCAAAAUCAGAGAGCGCCACCAAGUCCGGUAUCCGUCUCGUCCCAUAUACGCCGCCGAGAAUCGAUGGCGAUGAGCGCGCGCCAAGCCAGCUCUCACUGCGCGACAAUGCACCAAGCCGCAAUUCCAACCGAAGCAGCGAUCAGACCAUCCGACUUGUUGGACACUCGAGGAGCAGGAGCAGCGGGCUUGCAGAGGUGACAAAUGCGGGUGCCCCAUUGGAGCGGGGGAGGAGUGAAAGGGUUUCAGGCAUGAAACCCUUGGUCAGCCCCUCGGGGGUGGGCCAAGCGUCUGAAGAUUCGCCCAACAUCACGACAUAUCCUACAUCGACUCGAUCUUCCCGCGUAAGCGAGUCGCCAUCCCCAGCUGGGUCAUCCCAAACUACCACCAGGUCCAGGUCCUCGUCAAGGGCCCCUUCCAGACGACGCACCAUCAUCAUCACCAACCCUGACAAGACCUUCACCCUUGUCCGCAAUGACCCAGAAGCAGAGUCCUCUGUCACGCCCAGUCCGCUCCCAGCACGCGACAGCCUUAUUUCCCCUACCCUGUCAUAUGCGUCCAGAUCGAGCACGCAUGAACGGCCUUCAAUCCUCUCGUGGGCCGAGAGUCGCUCAGAGACCCCCAUGACGGGUGUAAGCACCUUCAUCCCGGAUCACACACCAUCUGAGCCGCCCUCUCCUGCACUCUCAUCUCCGGGCUCUUCAACCAUACACUUAGCUGAAGAUCCUAAUCCUGCAUCCUCUUCGUCCCCUUGGAACUACCGCAUGGUCGGUGGCCUGCGAAAGGUAGCCCAGACGCCCGAGCCCCCCGCCAUCAAGGAGCCUCCAGCAGACUCGCUACCCUCCGACAGACCUCUCUCCCCACUGAUUGAAGACCCUACCGGCAAGGAGGAAGAGGUGACACCCACCAAGCCGCCCAAGACGAUCGUGUCGAAGACGUCUUUUACGUCUGCUGUGUCCGACCAAAGCAUCGAUACUGUCUCCGUGAGCACGAACUACAAGGUCUACGGUCCCGGCUCAUCGCCUGCUCAAGAGUCCAACGACAGUCUCCUUUUCAACCGACCCGGCACCUCCAACUGGGAGGUCUUGGGUGAAGCUUCCCCGGCCCCUGCUUUCAAGAAUAGCCCAUUGGCAUCCUCAGCCUCUUCGUCAACAGGGGAGAACGAUAACUACGUCGUCCAUGGCGAGGCGUCACCGUCGCCAUCCGGAUCUGUCAUCGUCGUAGCGAAGAAGCCUCGUCCAAGCUAUUCCCAGGAAAGCUUGCGAGUCGCGCCGCUCAGGCCAGCGAAGAAGAAGUCGUACGAAAACUUUGGAUACUACAAGCAACGGUCUCGUGAGAACCUUCGCUCGCGCACUAAUUCUGUCCACUCCUUGAAGAGCGUCGGUUCUGUUAUUGGCAAGCCGGAGCCGGCGUUGUUGGUGCCUCCAGUUACCGUCAACCUUGGGCUGCUGUCCCCUCGGGCCGCGCGUGGAGGUGAAUCGAGUAGUCCGCAGCUACCCUCAUGGUUGGCGCCACCAACCACAGGAUCCUCCUCCAGGCCUGAGAGUUCCAACACACAAGGACCAUCGGUCUCGAUGAUUACCGCGACUCCCCAUCAAUGGAGUUCACAGCUCUCCACCGUCCAGUCUGAAAGCGAAGUUGAAAGCAGCCCAAUGCCUACCCGGUCUGUUUCGCCAUUAUCCGAGUCCUCCGGCGGCCAUCACCGUCGUCGCAGUAGCGCCGGAUGGGUCAGCUCCAUGCACAGCCGUCAGAUGCCCAGUGUCUCCUCGUCCAUCGCUGGCCAACUGGAAGAAGGCGCCAAUACCAGCUCAGGGAGCGAUUCUCUUCACCGACCGCAGCCGAGCUUGUCAAGAGCGAGUCCACAGAUCCGCAUGGUGCGUGAUCAGGACGAGCACGGAGAUGGAAUUGCGGACCUGGAGCACAGACCCUCCAGGGCAGCGCUCUCGAGUUACUUUACCACCACCAACAGUUCCAGCAGAGGCCUUCACUCCAGCGGUAGCUCCCGUUCUCGUGGAAACAGCUUCACUUCCGAGGUUCCCGCCUGGGCCAAGGUCUACUAUGGAUCGGGCGAAAGACGCUGGCUCGGAAGGUCUCCUUCUUUCAUGUCUAUCUCGGAAAGCGGUAGCAGGCCGGGCAGCUCAAGAUUCUACAACGACGGGGAUUCACCCACCGACGAGCAGUUCCCACCUAAUAUCUACAGCCCCAGGAAACGCGCGAGAGAAGUCCCCGGCGACCAUCCCUUUUUCGGACAAUCGGAGAUGGGUAUCUCACAAGCACCUGCCCAAGACUAUAACGUAUUCAGAACAUUGCGCCAGAAGACAUCCAGCAUCUGGUCCCCACAUCUUCGUCAAGAUCGACGCGCCAGCCGCUACAGCAUGUGGGACCCACCCAGCAUCAACUGGUCGGCCGAUACCAGUUUGAUGGGCAAGCGGAACAUUCAGGUGGUGCUCUUCAUCAUUGGCUUCAUCUUCCCAUUCGCCUGGAUGGCCGGAGCUCUCUUGCCACUGCCCCAGCGGUACUCUCUCGAAAAGGGAGAGAAGCAGCCCGAAUACCGUUACCAGCCCCAAGCUGGAGACGAGAGGAGAUUUGAAGCUGUGCGGUGGUGGAGGAACCUGAACCGGAUCAUGUCGGUUGUCGGUCUUCUCAUCAUCGGCGCCAUCAUCGCCCUGGCCGUUGUUGGUGUUCAGCAAGGAUGGGGACAAAACUCGCCAUAG